CAUUUUUUUCAGGCUCCAUGUGAGGCUGAAGCCAGCUGUGCUGCUUUAGUUAAAGAAGGGAAGGUCUUUGCCUGACUUUUGGGAAAAACGUGCUGCUCAGACAUCUCACAGCACAGCGAAGCCAAAAAGCUUCCCAUUCAAGAGUUCCACUUUAAUCGCAUCUUGCAGGACAUGGACCUGACCAAAGAGCAGUUCAUCGAUCUGUGUAUUCUGCUGGGUUGCGACUACUGUGGCACCAUCAAGGGAAUUGGCCCCAAGAGAGCCGUGGACCUGAUCCGACAGCACGGUUGCAUCGAGGAGAUCCUAGAAAACAUCGAUUCAAAGAAACACUCGGCCUCAGAGGACUGGCUGUAUAAAGAGGCCAGGGGUCUGUUUCUGAAGCCGGAGGUGGUGGAUUGUUCCUCGGUGGAGCUGAAGUGGAACGAGCCUGAUGAGGAGGGCCUGGUCCAGUUCAUGUGCAACGAGAAACAGUUCAGUGAGGACAGAAUCCGUAACGGUUGUAAGAAGAUUGUAAAAAGCAGACAGGGCAGCACACAGGGAAGACUGGACUCUUUCUUCACCGUCACUGGAUCCCUGUCCUCCAAACGAAAGGAACCAGAAACAAAAGGACCAGCAAACAAAAAGCAGAAAACAGCAACACCAGGAAAAUUCAAGAAGGCCAAAUAAGCUCAAAGCAGAACUUUGUUCAACUAGUUAAGAUUGUUAGUAUGUCAAACCACGAAAAAGGACUACGGUGCAUAAGUAGAGAUAAGAAAGCUGUGGAGUGAAAACUCAGUCAUCAAGAGUAAAACACAGUCAGGCUAGCUAUGGUUUUUUGAAUGAUGAAAUAAAUAGUUUCUGUAUAGAAA